UCGUGCGUGCCUCACCUCCAUCUGCAGUUGGAGAGAGAGAUGGACUGGCGCCUCCGACGCGCUGGUCGACGCCGCGGCCGCCGCUCCCGCCCCUGCCGUCCGCGAGCCCGGGUGCACGGUGGCGCUCACGGACCUCCACCGUUGCCUCCACGCCUUCAGCGAGUCCUGCGACCGAGCCGAGGGCCUCGUCCAGGCGGCCGCCAGCGGCCUCGGCCCCGCCGCCUCCCGCCACGACGAGCUGUGUCGCGCCGUGCGCGCGGUGGACAAGGAUCUCUAGGCCGCCGCCGCAGGCCGGGAGGAGAACGAGAUGGAAGAGGAGAAGACUCGCCCUCCGACCACGCCGCUGGCGGCCGAGGACAAAUAGCCCAAUCGAUCUACCUCGUCUCCUGUUGAGGUGAUGUUCAUCAUUCUUGUUUUUUCCGUGUGAUGUUCAUCGUUCCUCUUAUUUUCUUGGUUGAUGUGCUAAUCGUGUUAGUCAUCUAGAAGAAAGGAGAGAUGGACUGGGAUAUUUUACCUCGCCGUGAUGCAUGGUGGCCGAGAUGCGGCAGCCCCAUGCUCUGUUCCGAUGGGCCUCCUCUGCUCGAUGUUUGCCGCUGGUUGAGUUUGGUACGGUUUCCUGUUGUCGCUUGCGUCGAGCCUUGGGUCCGUCUCUCCUUCGUUGAGCCUACUUCUCCUGUUGCUGGCGCUUCUUCUUCUCGUCCGUCCUACUGCUUACCCAACGUGCUUCUGCUUGCUGCCUCGGGUUGUACGAUCUCUUCUGUCGCUGUGUCGAUCGACUCAUCAAGGUUUUCUUCUUUCCUUUCUACUACAUGUGUGUGUGUUUUACUUUCAGUAUCUUCUGUGUCAUGCUGUCUGCCUUGGUGAUCUUUUAAAUAUCUGUAUGUCGUGCUGGUCGUUUAAAUGUUCCGGAUAUGGUCAGGCGUUGUGUGUUUUUCGAUCUCGUGCUGCUUAUAUUUCGUGUAUGCGUGUGAGCAGGAUUUGUCCGCUUGUUUCCGUUGUUAUACCUAUUUUGGAGGUCAUGGUAACUCGAUGCCCCCCGUGCUCACUCUUUCUGUUGUACAUAGAAGCAUAUUUGUCCAAUUCUCAGACUAAUUUUUUUGAAAGAAACCGCAGUUCAUUACAACGCCAAUUAUGGAUAUGGAUCCAUCUUGCUGCGCUGGAUGAAGGACUGGAUGCAAUAAGAAUUGCAUGUGACAAUUGCUCAUGAAUAGUAUUUGUUGUACAAACAUCCAGUUAAUUCUUGAGAUACAAUAGAGACACUAUAAUAGUACUACUUUAGUCAAAUACAUUAUCCACUGAUUGUUGUAGUGAAAUGUCGCUCUAGCUAUUAAUUUGCAGAAUCUUGCACGACAAACUAUAGGCAUGUGAUCUCUAUGGUGUUCCAGUAAAUAAAGAAAACUGGAACAUGUGCCUUCAAAUUUUCUAUUUAUAUACAAAAACCAUGCAUUGGUACAUAUGAACCAUAUGAAUAGGACUUAUCUAUUUUUUUGUCAUGUUUGUGAGUUUUCUGUUAUUUCCUCUCAGUGUGAAUAGGACUGAAGAAGAUGGACAUAGCCCUUUAGGUAAUUUCACUUUUUUUGAACAGCAAACCGUAGAACAAUAGUUCUAUGGUAUAUUAUAUUU